GGUGCUCCGCUGUGUAGUCUCUCAAAAGAAAAAAUGUUGCCGCUUCGUUUCUAACACAAUCUAAUCUUUUAUUUAUCAUUCCCAAGUGUCAGAUUGAAUCGACCUGCAUCCCCGCUUACUGUGUGAUUGACGUGUACUCGAUGAGGCCUGGCCCCGGCCAUGGCUGCUGUGUCCUGGAGAGAGACUCUUCUGUUGGCUGGGCUGGUGGUGGCAUGUUACUGGAACAGUUUGUCCUGUGGUUUUGUGUUUGAUGAUGUUUCUGCCAUCCUCGACAACAAAGACCUGAGACCCUCCACUCCCAUCAAAAACCUCUUCCUCAAUGACUUCUGGGGCACUCCUAUGGCCGAGGAACGCAGCCACAAGUCAUACCGGCCACUGACAGUGUUGACCUUUCGACUGAACUACCUGUGGAGCGAGCUCAGUGCUGCCUCCUACCAUCUCCUGAAUGUACUGCUGCACGUGGUGGUGUGUGUUUUGUUCCUUCGUGUCUCUCGUCUUUUCCUGGAUCAUAAAUACAGUCUGGUGGCCGCGCUGCUCUUUGCUGUGCACCCCAUCCACACCGAGGCCGUGACAGGUGUGGUGGGACGGGCAGAGCUCCUCUCCUCCAUCUUCCUCCUGGCUGCGUUUCUGGCCUACACCAAGUCCACCAGCCCAGACCACUCCAUCGUUUGGAGCCCUAUCGCGUUGACGGUGGUCCUGGUUGCCGUGGCGACGCUGUGUAAAGAGCAGGGCAUCACUGUGGUGGGGGUCUGCUGCGUGUACGAGGUCUUCGUCGCUCAGGGGUUCACGCUCCCUCUUCUCCUGGACACGGUCAGGCAUGUAGUCCUGGGUAAAGAUGGCUUCCCUCUGGCUCUGCUGCAGACGCUUUUAAAGCUCAUCGUUCUGGUCAUCAGCACUCUGCUCCUCGUCAUCAUCAGAGUGCAGGUCAUACAGUCCCAGUUGCCUGUCUUCACCAGAUUCGAUAACCCGGCCGCAGUCAGCCCUACCCCUUCUCGACAGCUCACCUUUAACUACCUUCUCCCGGUGAACGCGUGGCUCCUCCUCUUCCCCUCAGAGCUCUGUUGUGAUUGGACCAUGGGCACCAUCCCUCUGGUCGAGUCCAUACUGGACCCUCGAAACCUGGCCACACUGCUGUUCUACGCCUCUCUGGGGCUCCUGGCUCUCCACAGCCUCCGCUACAGGCACAGCUCUGCCAAAACCGUCAUCAUGGCCCUGUCCCUGAUGGUGCUGCCCUUCAUCCCUGCCUCAAACCUCUUCUUCCCGGUGGGCUUCGUGGUGGCUGAGAGGGUCCUGUAUGUCCCCAGUAUGGGCUUCUGUGUCCUGGUCGCUCAUGGCUUCAAGAUCCUCUCACAUAAAGGGAUCCUGAAAAGGUUUUCUUGGUUCCUGAUGGUUCUUCUGCUCACAACUCAUGCAGUGAAGACCUUCCACAGGAACUGGGACUGGGAGUCUGAAUACACUCUGUUCACUGCAGCUCUAAAGGUGAACAAGAACAAUGCUAAACUGUGGAACAAUGUGGGCCACGCGCUGGAAAACCAAAACAACUACGCUAUGGCUCUGAGGUACUUCCUACAGGCGACCAGAGUCCAGCCCGAUGACAUCGGAGCUCACAUGAACGUCGGUCGUACUUACAAGAACCUGAACCGCUCCAGAGAGGCAGAGGAGGCUUACCUGGUCGCCAAGGGACUAAUGCCACAGGUGAUUCCAGGAAAGAAGUACGCAACCCGAGUGGCGCCAAACCACCUGAACGUUUACAUAAAUUUGGCGAAUUUGAUCCGUGCGAAUGAAUCUCGUCUGGAGGAGGCGGACCAGCUGUAUAGACAGGCCAUCAGUAUGAGACCGGACUUCAAACAGGCUUACAUCAGCAGAGGUGAGCUUCUGUUAAAGAUGAACAAGCUGACGGAGGCGCGCGAUGCCUACCUCCGUGCUCUGGAUCUGGACCGCACCAACGCAGAUCUGUGGUACAACCUGGCCAUAGUCCACAUCGAGAUGAAGGAACCACAAGAGGCUCUCACCAACUUCAACCACGCUCUGGAGAUCAGCCCCAAACACAAGCUGGCCCUGUUCAACUCUGCUCUGCUCAUGCAAGAGUCCGGCGACCCAAAGUUCUGGCCUGAAGCUAACCGUCGCUUCCUGCUGUACGUGCAGGAGGAGCCGCAGGACGCCAACGGCUACUUUAACCUGGGGAUGCUAGCCAUGGACGCUAACGAAGACGAGGCUGCCGAGCGCUGGAUGAAAAAGGCGAUUCGGCUCCAACCGGGCUUCCGUAGCGCGCUGUUUAAUCUCGCUCUUCUCUACUCCCAAGCCAAACGCGAGACGGACGCUUUGCCAGUUUUGGACGAGCUUUUACGUUAUCAUCCCGACCAUAUCAAAGGGCUAAUCCUCAAAGGAGAUAUUUUGAUGAACCACAAAAAGGACACGCAAGGAGCUAAGAUUUGUUUUGAGAGAAUAAUCGCUCUAGAUCCGACAAACGUGCAGGGAAAACACAAUUUGUGCGUCGUUUAUUUCGAGGAACGCGACUUACCGAAAGCGGAAAGCUGCUUGGUAGAGACGUUAGCUUUGGCGCCAAACGAGGAGUACGUGAAGCGGCAUCUGAACAUCGUGCGGAGCAAAAUGGCCGCCAUGAGUGCAGCGGGGCAACCGUUAACAGCGCCGCCGCCGUCGUCACCACAAGAGGGCGCCGCUCACCAAGAGGAAAAGCAACCGAUCGUCAACAAGGAGCCGGAGGAUAAGCAGCAGGAAGGGAGCGGCGCUAACGCUAACGGGAAGCAAAAGAAUAGCAGGAAGUCGAAGGAAGCGAGCAGCGCGGGGCAGAGUGGUUUGGACCAGAGCCAAUCUGACAAGCGGACUAAACCUGCAGGAAAAUCGACCAAAGAUUUAAACGACAUUGAAGAAAAACGAGCUGCAGCGCUGAAAAGACUGGAGGAGAUCGAGAGGAUUCUGAGCACCGAAUGAUUUUUUUUAAAAAGCGCACACUGCAAAAGAACAAAUAUGCACUGUUAAAAUGACUUGAAUUUGAUUUAAAGGGUUGUCAAAAGUAUACAAAAUCAACUACACAUUUCAGCAGGUGUUACACUAAAAAAGUCACAUUCACAGUACGGAAAUGAACAUUUCCUGAGUAGCGAGGGUGACCAGACGUCCUUAUUUACCCGGGUCAGUCUCAGUUUUGAGCCACGUGUCCCAGCAGAUUUAUACGAAACCAUUGAUUUGUCCCAGUUUUAUACAAAAAAAUGUCCCAGGUGUCCUUAUUUUUGACCAAUUUGAUUCCUGCCAACAUUAAAGAGAGACAUGAAUUGUAAUUUGUUUAGGUAAAAUACAAAAAAUCUGCUUAAAAACGACCAAAACACUAAGAAAAUGUGACUAUACUGACUCACAUGUUGGUCCUGAAUCAUCUUUGCAUAACAGUUUUCUUUAAUUACGCACUUGUUCCGCAAUUUUACUAUUACCAACCACCAAAAAACGGGGAUGUCCCAGUUUUGUUUUGUUUUUUUCAAAAUUCUGGUCACCCUAUGAAUGUCUUAAGAAUGAUCUUGAGCUGUAUCAGAACAAGUAUAAGAGCACAUAGACUAGUAUACAACCAUGGACCACUAUGGAACCUACUUUUGACCACUGAGGGACACGCAUAUAAAACCACAAAAGAAAGUACUACGGAAUAAAGGUACAUUGUGUAACUUUUCUGGGCGAGGGUCCGCCACCUGCUUUUCCCCAUGGAGAUGUUUUUGCUUUGUCUGAAAUAUUUUGCAGUAUGUUAUUAAACCUUUCUAUUUUCAUGGAGACUAAACCAGACAAAGUUACAGGUCAGAUCUGUGGAAAGGCGGCUCUGCUCACAGUCAGAAUGCCUAUUUUUCUAGGUAUUUAUAAGGGAUAAAACCACCUGUAAUUGAAUAAAUUUAAGCUAGAUGUUAAAUGUCUGUGGAACAUAUCUAUAGAAACAAGCAGGUGAUGGACCCGCAACCAUAAACUGUGCCUCUAAGUUGUUGUUUUUGUUUUUUUUUAUCAUUAUCGUAUUAUCAGAAUCUAGUCUAUUCCUUAGUAUUGAAAUCAUGUGUGAAAUUAUAGUAUCAUGGCAACACUAAUAGUUUAAUUUAAUUUAGUAAAAAAAAUUUCUGUUGGAGCGUCUGCCACCUAGUUGGAGAUGUUAUUGCUUUGCCUGGGAUGUUUCACAGUAUGGCAUUAAACUUGUCUAUCUAUAGAUACAAGAAAGGUGAUUUAACGAAACAAAAUUACCGGUCAGAUCUGUGAAGAGGCGACCCCGAUCGCUGUGACAAAACAUGUCUUUCAAACAUGUAAUUUUGCGUAAAAAAAACCCUAUAAAAACUGUAAAAACAACUUGAACUAAUUGAAUAAACGCAAGAUAGAUUAACUUAGUCAUAUUGUUGAACAUUCCUGGCAAAACAAUAACGUAUCCAUGGAGACAAACAUGCAUUGGACUCUCAGAAAAGUUACACAGUGCAGCUUUAAGCAGUUUAGAGUUGGUUUACUAAUAGUGCACUGACAACUGAACACACACCAUAGCAGUAUUCAGACUAAACUCAGAACUAGUACAUUACAAAAUAAAACUAUGAAUUAGUCAAAACUCCUUAAAACAACUUAUAUUUUCAGAAAUCAAGUCAUUUUAACGUGUUUAUUUUCCUUUUCGCAGUGCGCCGAAUGGACAGGUGUUAACUGUAUUUUUAUUACUAUUCUUUUUUUUGCAUUUUUAAACACUAAUCAUGAGCUUCAAAGGGAAAGCACAAAGCUAAGCGCGUUUGGGUGACACUAUUUAAGUGAAUGUGACGCUGUGUAUUUAGUCUAAUAUGCAAAAAAGACUGGCCACAAUAUUAGGUACCCCUCCUCCAAUGGUUUUUUCGCUGCGUUAACUUGAGCAGCAUCGGUGAUUCAGAGUUAUUAUUCAAAUGUAUUCUUGUUUGUCAGAUGCCCUCCAACCCUCCUACAUCCCCGUGGGUCAGAUGCCCUACUUUCCUCCUUAGAGCCUUGUUGUGUUGGACUGAGAUGAGCGCAGGUUAAAUGGUAGUUAAUCUGAAGAUGUGGAGUGGUUGUUGCGAAAUUAGAGAGAAAUGAUCCAGUUUUCGAACAGAUUUACACGAUUUUCUUUGCAGCGUCUUCGAUUCCGCAUUGAAAAACAUUGGGAGAGCCGUACCUAAUAAAGCGGCCAGUGGGUGUGUGUAUUGUGGCCAUUGUUUGGGUUAACCAUUCAUGUUUAUCACUGGAUUAUUUUUCUUGUCUUUUUUUUUUUCACGACGCAAAGAUGUGACUCACAACUAUGACAUUGAAAUGAUUGUAUCCAAAACAAUGGGAGGAAGUGACGUCGCCCCCUGGAGGAUUGAGCGAUAUCUGAAAAUAACCCCUCUUCACCAUAAAGGAUCUCGCUGUGAAACGUGUAAACAAUUCAGCCCCCACUGUCUUCCUGAAUGCGACGCAGCGGACAUUUUGGGACAUUCUUUUUGAUCACGAAACGAUUGCUACACCACUUUGCAAUGGGGAGUCUUCCGGCAAAACACAGCUAGAAUCUCAGCAUCAGAAUCUCAAAGUAGGUUUUAGGUCGGGCAGAAUUAUAUGCAAAAAUGAUCAAGUUGUGAUUAUAAUUAGAUUUUCAAUGUUUUAUUUAGAAAAUUAAACAUGCACUAUGUAACGUUUUGUAGUAGUAAGGUUCGCCCCCAUCUUAAAUUUCUCCAUGGAGAUGUUAUUGCUAAAACUGUAAUGUUACACAGUAUGGCAUUACACUGGUCUGUCUUCAUGGAGACAAGCAGGUGGCGCAAACAAGCCAUGUUAUGGGUCAGAUCUGUGGAGAGGUGCUCACUAUAGGAAUUCUUGUUUCUUGUGGUUUAUUCCAGUUCUAAAACCAGAUAAAUUUAUUCCUCGAUCAUGUAAACGUUUAUUCUUCUUAAAAAUAAUUCCAAUCGUUCAGUGCAUGCUCGUUGUGACGAUUCAGCUCCACCAGUCCUGGCUUCGAACUUUCAUCCAGAGCUCUUUGGAUUUAUGAGCGUGUUGCGGGAGUGGGUUGAGGUAGAGCAGCCGUUGACUCAGUUUGUCUUCUUCCUCCCUUCUCCAACACUCUUCCCUUCUCCUCCUCAGCUGUCAAACGUAAAGCGUGAUGAGAGAAUUCUCAAGCUUCUGCUUAAUUAUCAUCGGAACAACUGCAGAAAAAGUUUAUAUCAUGUUUUUGUCCUUGGCGUAAUAACAAACCAAGAUGACAGAAAAGCCGGUAGCAGCUGAAGUGUGUGUUUUCUUCUGGUCGACGUAAAUACGUUUGUGUUUCUGUCCAAUCCGAACCCUUCCCCACCCCCAGACACUGAGCAGGAUUAAAUAAAGGCGAUGGCGAUGUGUUUUCCAUGUAAACCUCAAUUCGGAAUUAUCAUUUCCAUGUAAACUCGAAGGAGAGUAUUUAAAUUCCGCACUAUUUAAUUCAGAGUUAAAAAACAUCAUGUAAACGUGGCUAGUGUCUCCUCAUCACAAACAGACCUGCAUUUGUUUUUUGUUUCAUUCACACAUGUUCAGCACAUAAACCCUGCAGAUUUAGGCUGAGUUUUUCUUAAUCAGAAAGCACUUGAAAACAUUGCUGUUUACUUGAAAACAACAUAAGGUGGAACAGAGCAUUUUGAGCUUUGGAGAUGUAAACAGACUAAUAAAAAAAGGUUUACUCAAACGUGUUACUGAAACAAAACACAACUAACAGUAACAGUAUUCCAACAUGGCUUAAAGCUCACAAGAGUUGAUUUCACGUACUUUAAGUUAGAUAAAUGCUGGAUAGAUAACUUUACUGUGAAACAUUACAGGCGAGUUACUAACAUCUCCAUGGAGACAAGCAGAUGUUGGACCCUCCUUCAGAAAGAUUUAUUUCAGUAUGUUGCCUGGAAUGUUCCAAAGUUGCAUUGCAUUUAUCCAAUUACUGCAUUGUCGGUAAGAAAAUACCUUGAAAAUCAUGAAAUUGUUCUGUAUGCAAGCUCGCCUCUCCACAGAUCUGACCUGCAAUUUGGCAUGCUACGGUGUCGCCCGCUUGUCUCCUUUGGGAUAGAUGUGUUUAAUGCCAUACUGUGGAACAUUCUCAGCAAAGCAAUAACAUCUCCGUGAAUGUUCAUGGGUUUAAGAAUGAUGAAAAAUUGGGGCCGUUGCUAUAGCGACUAACAAUUUGAAUCUACGUCUUUUGAAUUUUCCUUAAAAUGUUGUAUAGAACAGGAGACUUAUGGUACAAUUCUCAAGUUUGCACAAGUAGACUGAGUUGUGUAGAUGUUUUGUGUGUUUUGUCCCGAUUUGAGUCAUGAGUUUUUCAUUUUCAGAUUGCGCUCACUUCAAAGUUAGAAUUUUCACAGUGAAUUUCCUACAAAACAAUCUCUUAUUUUUGCUCCUUUUUGCUGGAAUGAUCUGGUUACAACUCGCUGGUUUUAAAACAUCUAAAACAUUUAAAGGCGCUGUAUCUAAUUUUUUUCCCGUGUACUUGAGCGAGUAUAAGCAGCUCUUGGGGCCAAAAUAAGUCUGCCGUGUGCCGAUUAGAAGGCGCUGUAUUGCCCGAUAAUCAGGAAGUGUGUGUUAGCAUGCAAGUUGUUGCUUUAUAUCAGGGGUCUCAUGACUUUUUCCUCUGGUGAGCUACCUUUACAUAAUGAAAAUGCCAGAGAGCUACUAGUUUCAACGGUCACAAAAACUGAGUGCUGUAUUUUUCAGACUAUAAGUUGCUCCGGAGUAUAAGUCACACCAGCCAAAAAAUGCAUAAUGAAGAAAAAAAACAUGUAUAAGUGACAUCGGACUAUAAGACACACUUUUUGCGGGAAAUUUAUUUUUAUAAAAUCAGGAACCGGGAACACACAUUUUAUCUUGAAAGGGAAGUUAUAGUAACAACAAUAGAAUAAAGAACAACAGACUGAAUAGGCGUCUGGUAUAUUAACGUAUGUUAAUAGUUAUUCAGAUAACUACAUAACAUAAGUUUACUAAACUCUCCAUCUCACUCCAAAUCACUAAAUACAUUGAAUCCACUGAAUUCUUCAUCCUCGGUGUCACUUCUGAGCAACUCCACGCAACUUCGGUUGUCACUGAAGUCAAGGCAUGGCCCGCCCUCCCGGUUGCUGUGAAACUGUGUUCUCUGUUCUCGCUUUUCGCCAGUCCCUCACAAGUUUCUUUACUUAAUCAAAUUUUACUUAUUCAGCGCUAUACAUGUAAUUCAGAAAUCCCUUGGCGAGCUACUUGGAAGAUGGUGGAGAGUUACCAGUAGCUCCCGAGCUGUGCGUUCACAGCAAAACUCUGCUCUGGUCUUUGAAAGUUGUGAAAAACUCAUCAGAGUGAAUUAUUACGAUGCUCAGAAUGCAUAAGGUACUGCAAAUCUUAAACGGUUUAAAAUGAACCUUAAAAUGAACUAGUUCUGUUUUUCGUGUCAGGUACAGCGCCUUUAAUCGAGCUCCACAUAUUCACUUGUAUGUUUCGUAUUCAGCUGCUUUUGUCCAUUAACAGACUGCACGGAAUUCGUUUGGGAUACGAAUAAAACUUGAAAUGUUGCUUUGCCACUUACCACACCACGAAUGAAAAACAUGAAAAACCAUGGGAGAUCGGUAGUCAAUGGAAGCUUUUUACAGCAGGCUUUUUUAUUACAAAUUAUUACUUUUCCACAGAGAAUUGUACAAGUGUUAUUUCCAUUUGUAAUACAAUCUGUUGGCUGUAAACCUACAAGAAACUGCCAUCUGAAAUAUCUUCCACCAUACAAAAUGGUUGUAAUAGUUUGUUCAUUUCACAUUAUACAACGGCACUUUUAAUUACUGUACUAUUACUUACAAUUGCUUUUUUGUUUGCUAAAGCCACAAUAUGUGACUUUUAAGCCAAAAAAUUACUAAAACAAAUUUAUGUUUUUUUGUUUCAUUUUCAUUUUGUUUGAGUUUAUUGCACUGAAAAACAUUUUUGGCUUGGAGGAGGCUGUAACUGUACACACUAAAAAACAUAUUUGUCUCCGCGGAGCAUGUUCCCAAGUGUGGUUUUAACAUUUGGUUUCCAUGGAAUCCUGAGAGCGACAUGCCAUCUCCAGAAAGUUACAUAUUGCUGCUUUAACAUUUCUUAACAUGAACAAAACAAGACAAUUUUUAUUAUAAUUUCCAAGAUAUCUUUUUUCUUUUUUUUCUGCUAAAAUAUUGGCAUAACUAACUUUAAAACUGCAAUUAUUGUGGGGCCUUUUGUUGCACAUUUUAUAAACAUUUGUCAUUGAUACUGUCCUUUUUACACUACAAACAAUAUUCUCACACUCACACUAAUUAUAGGCUCUUUUCACGCUUAUCUUAAGACGUUUGGACACAUUCAGAUGACGACUUCCAGUGUGAUAAAACUAUCGCCCAGCAGCGGCCUUCACAACCUGCCAAAGCUUUCCGGGGGGACGUGACUCUAAACGCAUCUUCACUUACAGGCAGCUGGUUGUAACUUUUAUUAUUGAGUUUGACAAAUUUGAAUACACAAAUGAAUAGACAAUUUAUAAAAGGAAAAAAUAAAUACAAUAGAUGCAUGAAGAAUCUCAGACUUCCGGUCACUGCACAAUGCAUACUGGGAAGGAUUUUCCGAAAAAGUGAGCAUCAAACCGCCGUGUUUGUUUGGGAUGUGUCUAUUGACAAAGAUGAUCUUUUCUAGUUUUUUGAACCAUAUUGCUUUUGAUUCUGGUUCUGAUAUUAUCAUAUUUUAGUUUUGGGAUUUGGACAUCGUAAUUGUGUGG